UGGACGUGCAUAGAGAUGGUGAAGCUCAAGGGUUCUUACACAGUCAUUCCGGCGGAGCGAACUCCGGCCGGCAGGCUUUGGUUGUCAGAGUUGGACCAAAUUAAUACCUUUACCCAUGCACCACUCAUCUACUUCUACGGCCCUUCAGCUCAUAAUUCCAUCAUCAUCUCGUCUGCAACGGAAACCAUGAAAGAGGCUCUAAGUAAAGCUCUGGUGCAGUUUUACCCAUUUGCAGGUAGGCUUCAAUUGAUAGAAGGAGGCCGACUUGAAGUCGAUUGCAACUCCAUGGGAGCUCAGCUCUUUGAAGCAGAGUCUGACGCCAAACUCUCCGAUUUCGGAGACUUUAGUCCAACCCCAAAGAUGGAAGAACUCAUCCCUCACAUCGAUUACAGCCUCCCCAUCAACGAAAUCCCUCUCCUUCUAGCACAACUCACCCGUUUCAGCUGUGGUGGAACCAGUAUUGGAGCCGCUAUUUCUCACUCUUUGGUGGACGGCUUCUCGGCCAUGCAAUUGAUGAACACGUGGGCGAAGUUCUCCAGUGGAGAGGACCUGGACACACAACUACCACCGUUCAUAGACUCAAGGUUAUUACGCAGGAGUGAAUACCCGGCCACCCCACGGUUCAACCACCCCGAGUUCGACCCGCUACCGGUUUUAAUCGGUCGGACAGAUGACAGAGAGGAGAGGAUGAAGGAAACCACGGUGGCCAUGUUCAAGUUGACACGAGAUCAAGUCGAGAAGCUCCAGAAGAACGUGAACGAGACCAUUGCUGGUCGGCCCUGUAGUCGAUUCGAAGCCGUUUCUGCAUACAUUUGGAGGUGUGCAUCAAAAGCCCGUCGGCUUAAAUAUGAGCAGCCGACAAGGAUGCGCAUGGCCGUCAAUAGCCGGAAACGGCUUCGUCCGCGGCUCCCAUUUAAUUAUUUUGGAAACGCUCAGUUAGCCACGUAUGCGACGAGCCAGGCGGGUGAGUUGGUGGGGAAGCCAUUAGGGUUUGCUGCAAGUAGGAUCAGAGAGGCAGUGGAGAGGAUGACUGAUGAGUAUUUCAAGUCUGCCAUUGAUUUCUUGAGAGGGCAAGAAGAUUUGAGCGCUUUCAGGACUGGGUUCCACUCCGAAGUGGUCGGGCGUAAACAAGGGGCCUUCCUUGGGAACCCAAAUAUAGCUAUUACUAGCUGGCUAGAGAUGCCCAUUCAUGAAGCGGACUUUGGGUGGGGAAAGCCCAUCCACAUGGGACCCGGGCGGUUAGGGUUUGAUGGGAGGUCUUAUGUCAUACCAGGACCUGAUAAGGAUGGAUCGAUCAUCAUUCCUUUACGUUUGAUUGAUGCACACAUGGAGGAUUUCAAGAAGUUCUUCUAUGAUGAUAUUGUUAGCAACAAUAAAUCAAAACUUUAAGGAGUGUGUAAAAAACGUGUGUUUAGAAUUUCAUACAUUUUUUUUUAUU